UGCAACCCUGUGCAAUCAUCUACGAUAUAUGUUGUAGUACACUAUUAUGCGCUGUUAAUUUUAUUUCAUUUUUUUCAAUUGUAUUUCGCGUCUGUGCGAUUAACAGCAGCAGCCACCAUUAUCACGCGACCCGCUGUUCGGCCUUUCUUUUUUUCUUUUUUUUUUUGCUUCAAAACGUAAAUAUUAAAUAUCUCCUGUCCGCCGCUCCUAACUAGUCGACUAACGACACGUCUCCAUCUGUCAGCAGCCCUCGUCGACAACGACGAUCACACGGUAAGUAGUGAAAGUGUGAUUGUAUGUGUGCGCGCGCGCACCCGCGUUUGUCUGUAUUCCAGUGUGCGUGCGUGCAUGUGUGUUUGUGUGUAUGCCGCUCGUAUCCAGAUAGAGAAUAGUGGAGGCUAUGAACAAAGACACAAACCGUCGGAUAUUGGCGAUACAGGCGAAGAAGAAGCGUCGCAAACUGCCCAAGAAGCCGCAUGAGGAUCGAAAGAAUGCAGUACCCAUCGUUUCCAACAAGACGCCAGACAAAUCUAACAAGUCCCAUGUUAACCCACGAGACAGCGAUUCGUCAUCUAAUGAGUCCGAUGAAGGCACUGACGAAAUGUACGCGUCGGAUGAAGAGGAACAAGAAGAGUCUAGUGAUUAUUGCAAGGGCGGCUAUCAUCCUGUACAAAUAGGAGACGUAUUUCUGAAUAGGUAUCAUGUGUUAAGAAAACUUGGAUGGGGUCAUUUUUCAACUGUUUGGCUGUGUUGGGAUUUUACAGACAAACGCUAUGUUGCUCUUAAGGUUGUUAAAAGUGCAUCUCAUUUUACUGAAACUGCGUUAGAUGAAAUAAAACUUUUAAAAAGUGUUCGUGAUUCUGAUACUAGUGAUAAAAAGCGAGAAAGAGUAGUCAUGUUAUUGAAUGAUUUUAAAAUUAGUGGAGUUAAUGGUAAUCAUAUUUGCAUGGUAUUUGAAGUACUGGGUCAUAAUUUAUUAAAGUUGAUUAUUAAAAGUGAUUAUUCAGGCAUACCAAUACAAAAUGUAAAAUGUAUUAUUCGGCAAGUGCUUGAGGGCUUAGAUUAUUUACAUACUAAAUGUAACAUAAUUCAUACCGACAUUAAGCCUGAGAAUGUUUUAUUAUGUGUGGAUGAAAAAUAUAUAAAAAAUUUAGCUAAAGAAGCAGCUGAGAUUCAUCAGACUGGACAAAAAUUACCUAUAUCAUUUAGCAGUACUGCACCGAAAAGCAAUCUCAAUAAACCUAUUUUGACUAAGAAUCAGAAGAAAAAAAUGAAAAAGAAAGUCAAAAGACAAUCUGAACUCCUCAAAGUUCAUAUGCAACAAUUAGAAGAACUUGAAUCAAAGAAAAAUAAUGAAUCUAGUGGUGAAAAUAAAGAUGAUAUAAAAUCUAUAGAGUCAAUAGCAGUAGAUGCAAAUACUAGUGAAUCUAUAUCUAAUGGAUACAGUAGUGAUAGUACUAAUCCAAAUGUGGUUAACUCCCCUUCAUUUGAAUCUAAUGCUGAAAAUGACCAAAAUUCAGAUGAAACUAAUAUAAUACAUCAGAAUGGAACUGGAGAAUCAAGUAAAAAUAAUAAACCAUUAUCUAAAAAACGAUCGUUCAGAAGUAAAUCCCGUGAAGAAUCUUCAGAAGACCCAGCAUUUAAUGUAUGCGAUAUCAAUGUUAAAGUAGCUGAUCUUGGUAAUGCUUGUUGGAUAGAUCGUCAUUUUACCGAAGACAUUCAAACUAGACAGUACCGUUCACUUGAAGUGUUAAUUGGUGCUGGAUAUGGUACAUCAUCUGAUAUAUGGAGUGUUGCAUGUAUGGCAUUUGAACUGGCAACUGGUGAUUAUCUGUUUGAACCACACUCAGGUGAAGCUUACUCCAGAGAUGAAGAUCAUAUUGCUCAUAUUAUUGAAUUGUUGGGUAAGAUUCCAAAAAAAGUUAUUGAUGAAGGAAAACAAUCGCCACAAUUUUUCAAUAAACGUGCAGAAUUGCGUAAUAUAAGUAGUUUGAAACCAUGGUUUUUGUUGGAUGUACUAAGAGAAAAAUACAAAUGGCCCGAACCUGAAGCCCAGGCAUUCACAUGUUUUCUACUCCCAAUGUUAGAGUUUGAUCAAAAUGCCAGAGCCACGGCUGCUCAAUGUUUGCAGCAUGAAUGGUUGAAAUGUUGAUACAAUAUCUUUGCUGAUAACGUGUAUGCAUUUGGUAAGAUUGGAGAUAUAUUUUUUAUUCUGUAAUACAUAUUAUAUUUUGUUUGUAUUUUAUAAUAAAGUCACAGAAAAAUAUGGA